CGUAGAGCUAUUAAAACAAGAAGAGAAGAAACAAGUGUAGUGAGUUGCCUUUAUUCGCGUGUUUUAUCGAAUUUGUUUUCUUUUUAUACUUCGGUAAAAUGUCAAGACUAGAUAAGUUACAUUCUAACCUGAUGAAGCGAAUGUCAAUUGUCAUUCGUGAGAUUUGGGUGGAGGUGGAAGCGACGGUGAAAGACUAUCAAAAGGAAGCAGCCCAAACACGAUCAGAAAACGCGAAGCUCAAACAACAGCUGAGGGAUGUGCUGAGGAGGAAUCAGGCACAUUUAAACGGACAAGUCCACUAUAUCUCUCCUGAUGAAGUCUCACCUACAGAAUUAUCAUCACGUGGGUACAGGUCUCCAAUCGAAUCAGAAGACCUGGAGGAUCAGCAAACGGAGGCCGAUGACCAGAGUCAAGAUUCACCUAGUGAACUGAAGCCACGCAUACUAGAUGUCACAUCAGUCUGUAAGACCGAGGCAGAGGACAGAGAGCUAGUGCAUCAAAAAAAUGCAGGCGAACAACGACUCUUUCCUCAGUUCGACAGCUCGAGUACAGAUGAGACGUGGGAUGUGACCUCGCCCACUGUUUCGACACCGAGGAUUAAGAUUGAGCCUGAGGACACCAUCAUCACAAUAACAUCUUCAGUUACUACUACCCCUGCCCAUGCCGGUCCGUGUCAGGACUCAGAACCCGCUCACCAGCUGAGAACAGCCAGCGACGCGUUGAGAAGACCGCAGCGAAAGGAUCGCCUUCGUACACGGUUCACCAAACCUAGGAGAGCAUCAGCAAAAGAUCAGGAUCAAGAUGGGCUAUAUAAGUGUAAUAAAUGUGGAAAGCAGUUGAAGGACUUUGCAAAGCUGCAGCUCCACAAGAAAUUGCACGAUAGGUCCUUCAUCUGUCACUGGUGCGGCAGAAACUUCUCCAAGUUUGACUACCUUCGGAUGCAUAUGCGCACACACACCGGAGAACGGCCUUACCGCUGCAACUGGUGCUCAAAGACCUUCAGCCAGAGUGGGAACAUGAGGAGACAUGAGCGCACGUGCCAGAGAUUCAAUGAAGAACCAGCAGCGCAUACGCUAGAAGACGACCAACAGCUGUCCGCCGAGUGACAAGUGCAUCAGAUUGCUGCAGGCACACCUCGAGAAAGAACCUGUUAUUGUCAUAGAGAGUUUGAUUUUCAUUAGAUAUAUAGAGAUAUUUAUUAUUUUAUCAAGUAUGUUAGAAGCUUCCAUGUUACAUAAAAAAUACAUAAGGCCGAUAUGCUGUUUGACUAACCUUUCUAUGACCUUUCCAGUCAAUAUGUGUGCACAAAUGUCUCCAGUGCUUCGCUUUUCCCCUUUGAGGAAGACCACUUUGUGUUUUGUACCAUGAGUUACCAUACUUCCAGACUGAUGUUGACAGCAGUAUCUUGCCUGAAAUAUUUUUAGGCAGUGCAUAACUAUACAAAUGUAUAUUAACUAGAAAGGAAUGACUUAUUAUUUUACCAUUAUUUUUCACCAUUAUUUUUCCAGGCCUACACAUCAUGAUUUUUAAAUUCCAGGUUUUCAUUGACUGCGGGAAUCACUGAGAGGACAAGUUAAAUAUAAAAUAGUACAUAAGGAUAUGAAUUAAUGUGGUAGAAUGAAUCGUAACAUUUACUUACUGCAGAAAUGUCAGAAGAAAAUCAUGUAAUUUGAAAAGAUCAUGUCAAACAGGUGUAAAUGAGGAACUUUGUCCUAUGUAACAACAAACAUUUGAAUAAACUAGAUGAAAUUUAA